ACUUUGUGCGCCGCGAGCGAUUCAUUCAAGAGGAGUACACUGAGCCGGCGGGCGUAGGAGCCCCCGGCGCGGAGCGGAGAAGGGGGGGCUCUGGUCGGCAGAUGCGCCCUGGCUCCGAGGACGGGUGGAGGGAGCCGGAGCCUUGCUCCGCAGCCCGGGCGGCCAGGUCAGCUGGCCCAGCCCCAGGGUAUCCUGAGGAUGAAGUGUCAGAGACUGUGCUGGUCCCUUACCUGCUUCCUCACUCUACUCAACGGGCCUCAGUCAUCCUCCCUGUCCUGCCAGGACUCCGAGUACCAGACAGAAGCAGGCGAUUGUGCUGUGUGCCCCGAGUGCCCACCGGGAGAGGAGCCUAAUCAGGAAUGUGGUUCCGGACUGGGACUGGGUACUGUGUGCCGUGCCUGCAGGCCAGGUACCUUUUCAACCAGCCUGGGACAAAGCCCCUGCCUGCCCCAUACUGGCUGUUUCCAUCUGAGGAGGGUAGAGGUCCAGGCGGGGACCACAACCAUCGAUGCUCAGUGUGGUGGCUGCAUUUCAGGGUUUUAUUACCCCAGCAGGCACCUAAACAUUGCGUGCAGGCCUUGUUCUUGGGCACCCAUGGGCACACCUGGCUGUGAGGAGCCCAGCCUUAAGCGUGGGGCCCGGCCGCGCCGUAACGUGGAGGCCGGGGUGGGACCCGAGGCGCGCCUCUCAGAGAAUGGCACCCAGACCGAGGUGCCCGAGGAAGCCGCAGCCCAGUAUGCCGUCAUUGCCAUAGUUCCCAUCUUCUGCCUCAUGGGCCUGCUGGGGAUUCUGCUCUGCAACCUUCUCAAGAAGAAAGGCUAUCACUGCACGGCCCACAAGGAUGGCGGUGAAGAGGCCGGGCUUGAGGGCAAGAACGGGACCAACGCUGCCUACCGGAUGGAUGACCCCAACGAGGACACCAUUGGGGUCUUAGUCCGGCUGAUCACAGAGAAGAAAGAGAAUGCGGCCGCCCUGGAGGAGCUGCUGAAAGAAUACCACAGCAAACAGCUUGUGCAGACCAGUUACAAACCUUUGCCCAAGCUGACCCAAGGCCCCCCACCCAUACCGCACAUCUGCCAGCACCAGCACCACCUGCACACAGUGCAAGGCCUGGCCUCCCGCUCCGGGUCCUGCUGCUCACGCUGCAGCCAGAGGAAGUGGCCCGAGGUCCUGCUGUCCCCCGAGGCUGCUGCAGCCUCCACUCCCACACCCAGCGUGUUGCCACCCCGAGGUGGUGGCAGCAAGCCCACUCCCAAGGGGAGCCGCCCAGGAGAGAUCACCAUCCUCUCUGUGGGCAGGUUCCGUGUGGCCCGAAUCCCUGAGCAGCGGCCGAGCCCACCACCUCCAGAGGUGAAAACCAUCUCAGAAACCAGUGAGGAGGGGGAGGCGGCUGAAGCUCCUCCACCUGGGCUUCCCCCAGAGAACAGGGCCCUUCUGGGCAGUGGUGGAGGGCGACCCAAAUGGCUGAAAACCCCAGCAUCUGGGCCAACAGAGAGCAAAUCAGAAGAAAAUCGAUACGUGGUCAGGCUGAGUGAAUCCAACUUGGUCAUCUGAAGGUGCCCUUAUGAUCUGCUCAGGCCCCGGGCCCUGCAAAAGACGUUGGAGCCUGGGAGUUGGCAGCAACCUGAGGCCCCAGGGGGGCUGUCCCCCAGGCCCCUGCCCCCUGGGCAGCCCCAGUGAGCUCUGGGAAGUGGGCAGCGGCAGGGGAGAAAUCUCACUUCAGCCUGAGCUACCACAGGCAGCUUAAUUUAAAGGAAAAGAUGAUCUUGUCCAGGGAAGAGAGGGAGGCAUAUGCCCACACUUGAUGAGCAGUGGGCUGCCCUGUCUCCUUGCCCUUCCCCCCUGCUCCUCUCCCCGCCCCCUCCCACCCCAGCAUCUUCUCCAUGCUAGCAGCAAGCCCCUCCCUGGUCAUCUGGUCUUUCCCUUGCUCUGGACAGGACGCCCAACCCAGCUUCCUGGGUCCUCAAAGAUGGCGUAAUCCACACCCAAGUGGGGAUUUCCUCCCCAGUGCUUCACAGAUGGGACAUCUAGCCCCCAAGUAAGGGUCCCUUCCCUGGUGACCCAUAGAGAGGACACACCCAUCUAUCCAUCCACCCCCAUGCAGGGGUUUCCGGGAAAAACGAAGGACUCAGCCUCUUCUUCAUCGCCCCUAUUCUUCAUCUUAUCACUCCUGGGCAGAGGGGAAGUGGCAGUUAGGGAAUACCAGGGGAAGAAUGAAUGGUGAGGAUCUACUGUCACAGAAUGUCCAGUCACUGGUAAGUGAGAAGACAGGCCCAGAGAGAAGAAACCUUCCAGAGGUCACAGUGAGUUGGGCAGAGUGAGGAACAGAACUUGGGUCUCCUGACUCCCAGGCCAAAGGCCCUUUCCAUUGCCCUACAGUCAUUGGGAAGGAGGUCUUACCCACACACCUCCUCUUCCCUCCCCCAUCCCCCCCCACUCCCUAGCACUUGGUGUUACUCUCCAAAAUGGGGCUUGUCCAUGGGAAGAGAUUUUGGUGGCGUUUACAUGGGAGAUCUGAGGGGAAGGGACUUAGCAUUUGGGCUCAGAUCCCAAGCUCUGCCCCUUUACCUCUCUAUGCCUAGAAAAUGAGAGGUUUCUUCCAGUUCUAAGUCUCUGAUCCCAUACCAUCCCUGGCUGUUGGGGCUUCCUGUCAUCUGAUUUAGUCCCUGAGGCUGCUGGGAGGGGAGACAGCCAUGGAGCAGGAAGGGAAUCUCAGGAGACCUGGGUCCUGGCUUUGCCUCCCUUAAUUUGUGUGGGCCUGUUUACUCCUGCAAAAUGAAGGGCUUGGUGAUUUUUAAAAAGAUCCCCUCCAGCUCUGACAUUCUGAACCCAACUUGCUGUAUGUCCUUGUCAGACAUUUUACCUCUGAGCUCCCGUUAACAAACCCCUGCUCUGCUCACUGAGCCACAAUCCCCCCACCCAUAUCUGGAAAGGAAAAAAAUGUGACUUGGGGUGAUGCUUGAGAGGUUUCCCCUGCAUUUCCUUGGGAAGAGGACCUCCCAUUGUUCCCAGUAGGACCCACACAAUCCCUCGGGCCCCCCCCCCCCCGCAGUGGAGCAGGAAGAGGCUUGCUCCUCUCUGCUUGGGAGCAGGGGGCAGUUUGGGCUAUAUCUCAGCUCCCUCCCCUUCCUUCCCCUCAAGCUGGAUCAAUAGCUUUAUUAGAUUCCCCAGCUAGCUGCUCUUCCCCUUACCUCCCACCAUCCCAAGCUAGGGCCUUGCUUCUGCACGAGGAAGGGGGGUGCCUUAAUGCAUGUCAAGCAGCCCCCUCCACCCCGCCCCCCAGGGGUGAAUGGCUGUUUUUAAAUUUAAAAACCAAACUUGUUCUGUGUUGUCAACUGUAGUUUGGGGGCCUCUGUCCUACCAUGUACCAUUUUCUCCUCCCAUCCCCUAAAAAAAAGUGCUUUAGAAUCCCCAUGGCUCAAAGCCCUGGCCAGUGCAAUAGUAAGGGAAGACGUGGGCUCUAGGUGCUGACCACCCCAGUUAUGACACCCCUGGCUAUGCCUUGUCGACCUUCCCUGGGCCCCUGACUUGCUUUCUCUCCGUCCACUUUGCUCUGUUGUGUUCUCUAUGUUCGCUCCCAGGAGAGAAGUAUGGGUGGUUCAGGCAGCGCCUGGCACCCAUCCGUCCUGUCUAUUUAUGUGGGAGCUGUGCAGGUCACAGACCCUGCUGUCACCUCCCCUCCCCUGGUGGGGGGUUGGGCCCUGAAGUUUGGUAACUCUUAUUUAUUGAAUUUGAGUCUUUACUCUGUCUCCUGUCAAUACCCAUCUUAUGCAUCCUCAUCCCCAGUUUCCUUAAGUUGGAUAAUAAAAAUAAUAGAAAGUGA